UGAUGUACCCCCAGAGCCACCUCCACUACCCCCAGCAUCCCCCGUCCCCCUCGCCCUCCUCCUCCUCCUACAUGGAGAAGUGCAGCCCCAUGCCCCACUGCUACAAGGGAUAUAGUAUGCCACCCAGCUCCCAGUACGCUAGGCAGAUGGGCAGCCACAGCAGUCUGAAGCAGGGGGGAUACCGACCGCCACCCCAGAACAGUUACAGCUACCAACAGACUCCCUCCAGGGGUGGCUACGAUUUCAGCCAGCCCCAGCAGAACUACUGUCUGUCCGAGCUGUCCGUCAGAUCCCCUGAGCAGUACUACCAGACAUGUAGUCCCGCCUCCAGCCACUCCCCUGCACGCUCCGUAGGACGCUCACCCUCCUACAGCUCCACCCCUUCCCCUCUGAUGACCAAUCCAGAGAGCUUCCAGUACAGCCAGCCACCAAUGACCCCAGGGGCGGCUUCUUCUUCCUCCUCUUCCUCAGCGGGUCUGCAGGACCAGGGGUUGCUGAUGCCGCCGCGCUCCCACCCGUCCCCGUCCCCCAACGUGGCCCACCCAACCCCGCAGCACAGCUACACGCAGGGGGUCUCCAUGAAGGAGCGCUUCUCUGAGAAGCUGCUUGCCAACCCCAGCCUGUGGAGCCUGAAUGCCCUCACCUCUCAGGUGGAGAACAUCUCCAACAACGUGCAGCAGCUAUUGCUCUCCGAGGCCAUGGUCGCCAACAAAAAGGGGGGCAAGCGCAACAGCAGCAAUAGCACUGGGAGCAGUGGAGGCGGCUCCUCCAAGAAGGAAGAGGAGUACAAGGGAGUGCCAGGAGGCCCCGAGGGUCAGCACGGUGGGGGCCCCAUGCAGGACCCCUACAGCACCAACCAGCACCAGCUCGUCCCCAUGGAGAUGCAGGAGGGGGGAUACUCCAGUAGUUCUGACGAGCAGCUGGAGAGGGGGUACUACUACUGCGGCCAGGGCAGGAGCCCAGCUCAGGCCCCCAACAACACACACCUGGGCCUGGACACGGCCUCAUCCUGCUCCAUGACCUCUCCGGACGACAUGUCCACCCGGUCUGGUGACUCUGUGUCCGGCCUGCAGAGCGUGGCUUCCAGGGACAACCUGACCCCUGACCCCAGGUCACAGGGUGGUCACGACCCCCCACAAACCCCCAUGAAGAGCGUGGGUGACGAGAGGUCCCCCCUGAGUGUGACGGUCCCCAGCCCCAUGAAGCAGGAGAGCCAGUCCCCUCCAGAUAUCCAACGUCUCGGCAUGCCACUGAAGGAGAACUUUGAGGAGUUGGCCUGGACGGAGAAAAUGGCAGACUACGAGGACGAUGGCAUGAAAAAAGACUCCGACAGCGAGCGUGACUGCAGAGGCGGCGAUGAUGUCACAGACACCUCCGAGAAGCAGGAGAAAUGGCCGGAGGACGAGAAAGGCCCAGCUCUGUAUAGCAAGAUCAACAAAGCAGUGACCGAGGGAAAGAGCUACUGCUGCAACGAGAACAUGUACCAUGAGAUACAAAACAAAUAUGACAGAGGCAAAGGGGACUCGGCGGAUAAGUCCCCAAGCCUCUCAGACUCCAGCCACAAGGGAGACCUGGGCCAGGAGAUGAAAUCGGAGGCCUUCAAAUCCGAAUCUCCCACCGACUCUGAGAGCUCAGUGAAAACAUCACCCUUUAUUUCCAGGGGUGAUCUUGACCAAAAUCAAUAUUUAACAGAGAAGGAAGACAGCUCUGAGAACAUAUCCCCUACCCCCCGGGGCAAGGCUUUGGAUGAGAGGCUCUCUGCCUCAGAGAAGAGAGAGAGCAGAGAAGAAGAAGAGGAGGAUGAGGAGGGGGAGGAGGAGAGGCAGCAGGACUCUAUAUCUCCUCCUCUGUCUACUGAGGAGAGAGAGGGAGAAGAGAGUGAGAGCCUGCCAUCGACUGAGGAGGUCCUCAACAAUAGAACGAGCCCACAGAAGGAGCCUUCUGGAGAGCUGUGCAGCAGAACAGAAGGCCAGAGCCUGGCUCAGCCUUACCGUAACACAGAGCCUGCAGAGACAGAAACCCAAGCAGCACAAACAGACCCAACAGCAGCAGCAGCAGAAUCCCCAGAAAUGGGGUCAGCCAUUUGUGACACUCCACCCCAGUCUCACUCGGCCAUGAUGGUUUUCUCAGCUCUCAGUGAGAUAGCAACACCUCCAGCUCCGGCUCACACCAGGGACCAUAUCGAUCGCAGCGAUUCCAACGUGCUGGAGCCUGACUCCCCUCAGCUGCCAGGGAAGUCGAUACUGCACUCAGCGCCCUCCUGGGCCAACACCCCACCCUCGCCAAAGAAAGGUGAUGAGGACAUGGAGCUGGGCAUCAGCUGCCCAAGCGCUGUGACCCCCUCAGCCAAGCCGGAAACCGUGGCCCCAUCUGCACACCCGCAGGCUUUCGGCCGGAAGCACGGCCGAGGCAGGAGGAGACUGAUGCACUCAGGUGUGGAAUUCAGGAGACAGCUGAGUGUGGAGAGAGAGGGGGAGAGUGCCUCUUUGCCCCCCCAGAAACCCUGCAUGCCCUCCAGCAAGAGUCCUCUGUUCUCCGAUCAGAUAGACAUGGCCGCUCACCAGGACAUAAUCAUGACGAGCGAGACACCCAAACUGCUGGUUGAGGGCUCCCGCUCCAGAAUGUGCACUCGCUCGUUCAACACGCAGGACACAACCCCUAAGGAUCCCCAGCCCCCUGAGAGACGGAAACCAGGGCGAAAACCAGGUUCGAAACCAGGCCCAAAACCGGGACUGAAGUCAGGGUUAAAACCAGGGCCUAAACCAGGACUAAAACCAGGACCAAAACUAGGUCCAAAGCCGAGUCUAAAACCAGGACCAAAACCAGGUAUGAAGCCCGGUUCGAAGCCCGGCCCAAAACCAGGUUUAAAACCGGGGCCUAAACCAGGCCCAAAACCAGGUCUAAAACCAGGGCCUAAACCGGGUCCAAAACCAGGACCAAAACCAGGUCCAAAACCAACUGAAGGAGCACCCCGUGGUCGUCCCAGGGGCACAGGCUCUAAGUUGAAGUUGGCACAACAGGAAGGUCCCAUUCAACCCAUCACAGGGGGUCCAGGAAGAGGCCAGAAGAGCUUGAGCAUCAACAGUCAGCAAGGUGAUGGGAACCAGGAAGUGAAAGCUCCAGGCAAGGAUGGAAAGAACAUGGUCCUGAGAUCCAGAAAGCCCCCCCAGAAAGAGAAGGAGCAAUCUGAGGGAAUCCUAACUCAAACCCUGACAGGUAUAACAAAGCCCAAUGCAGUGUUAGAAAAUGAGGAACGUACGAGCAUAGAGCAAGCCCUCCCUGUCUUUCCUAACCAGACAGACACCAGUGUAACAGACACCAGUAAAACCGACACCAGUGUAACAUACAUCAGUAAAAUAGACACCAGUGUAACAGACACCAGUGUAAAAGACACCAGUGUAACAGACACCAGUAAAAUAGACACCAGUGUAAUAGACACCAGUAAAAUAGACACCAGUGUAACAGACACCAGUGUAACCGACACCAGUGUAACAGACACCAGUGUAACCGACACCAGUAAAACAGACACCAGUAUACCUGUCGCUCCACCUGAGAAACCUAAAGAACCGACUGUAGCUGUACCUCCUAUAACUGCACCUGUACCUCCACUCAAAAGAAAACCCAGUCCUCUGCCUCUAGAACCUCCAGUGAAGAAAAAGCGAGGUCCAAAACCAAAACCAAAACCACAACCACAACAGCCACAGCCUGAAACUCCCCAGUCUGACCAGUCCAACCAGUCCAACCAGGCCAACCAGUCCAACCAGUCCAACCAGGCCAACCAGCCUCCAUUAGUCAAACCCAAGGAGAUGGGUGUCCGAGGCCCCAAGAGGAGGCUAAAGCGAGGCAGACACCUCAAGGCCUCUCUGAUCACUGUGCUGACCAAAGAUAACCCUCCUCUCACGAUGACUGACUGUGAUGUGGUUAGUGAAAUGCCCAGUGUCCCUUCUCAGUGUCCCACUAAAACCAAGUACCUCCCCCCGCGCAAAGGCAGGGGUCUGAAAUACGAGGCCAUGGUUCAGAAAAUAAACUUGGGCACUGGUUCGAAGAAACACCUGCCAACACCACAGCCCGAGAGCACAGAGGCGAUAGUGGAGGAAGUGACAUCAAAGCCUGUGUCGCUGUCCAUCUCGGAGGAGAGCGAGGCCCCAGUGGUGGUGGUGAGCGCCCCUGAGGUGACACGGGAGGAGGUAGCAGGGGAUGAGUGGAGCUCCACGGGGGUCCAGAACACAGAACAGGAGGGAGGGGUGCAGCAGAACACCGGGGAGGGGGUGCAGCCAGAGUCACUCCCAGCGGGGGUGCCAGACGCUGCAGCGGCGAGCGAUGCCAACAAACCCACCAGGACCAAGAGGAGGAAAUGGGCCAUGGUGGAGAGCACGGACGCCACGGUGGUCGCCAUGGAGACGGGAAGCCUGAUCAUCAACACGCCGCGGCUGGCCAAGCAGAGGGCCAUCAAGAACAACCACGAGAUGCACCUGAAACAGAGGAGGAAGAGGAAAGGAGGACAGCCUCCCUCAGAGGGGCCUGUGGCUGACGAGAAGGUAGGGACAACAACAGGAGAACAACAGACAGAGACAGAGGCACAGACACCCACUGACACAACAUUAACAACAAUGCCCGAUCUACCAGCCGGCCCAGGUGAGAUCACAGACAGCCCGCAGGUGAUCGCCACAGAAAUUAUCCAGCUGCCUCCCUCCAAACGAGGGAGGAAGCCCUCUUCAUCCCCGUCCAAAAAGAGAGGGAGAGGCAGAGCCCCAGGUGAACAGCAGAGAAGCAAACCUCUGAAGGUGCACAAAAAACCUGGUCCUAAAAAGGGAAUCAAAGACGCCAUGGAAGUGAUUGAAGCAGUGGUGAAGGCUGCAGGGAGGGAGGCCAGACUCAAGAAAAAGAAAUCAAAAAAGGAGAGUCCUGCAGUGUCAGAGGAAAAGCAGCUGGAGCCCUCUCUCAAACAGGUACUGAGCAAAACCCCCAAAAGCGGAAUCAAACAUUCCUUCUGUCCAUAUGUGCGCAUCGACAGCUCCAGAGACUUCGCCUCUCUCUGUACCAUCGUAAACAGGCGCAAUGAAGAGCUGAAGAUGGUGUUUCAGAAGCCCCGGAAAAAGAGCUCAGACAAAAUUAAAAACCCAGUCACGGUUGCCAAGGCGAUACCCAUCUCCUCAGCUUUGCUCCAGGGGCCCUUGGUUAACAAAACCUUAAUUGACAGGUGUCUAACGUGUUGCCUGUGUGGAAAGCCGGCAAAUUACCGUGAGUUGGGGGAUUUGUGUGGGCCCUACUACCCAGAGGAUAGCAUCCCUCGCAAAAUCCUGUCAGCAAGACAUAUAGAACCCCCGAGGGAAAACCAAGAGAAAACAACAAGCUCCAACAGUAGCAUCGAGGAACCAAGCAGCAGCACCCCAAAAAGCGAAGGAGACCCCAGCUCCGAAAAGGAAGGCAGUAAAAAGGGGGAUAUGGAGACAGUCACAAAGGAGGGCAGUAGUAGUACUAGUGGUGGGGGUCACCAUCAUCAGCCCCACCCCCACCACUGGCGCCCCAGGAGGGCAGAGAGGGCACCUGCGGAGGGCGGAAGCACGCACCGGCCCACCCUACGGGAUAGGUUCAGGAGGAUGCAGCAGCUCCAGGAGGAGAGGAGGGCUGCGGAGGCCACAGCUAGUGGUCAGGAGGGGAUCAGUGGAGGAGGAGGCCUGCUCCAGAGACUGCAGGGGGAGGCUGAGGCUAAGGAACACUGGGCCCAUGAGAACUGUGCUAUCUGGACCAAUGGGGUCAUCAUGGUGGCCGGGAGGCUGUACGGCCUGAAAGAGGCUGUUCACACUUCCACAGAAACGAGCUGCUCCAAGUGCCAGAGAGUGGGUGCGUCCAUCAGCUGCUGCUGGAAAGGCUGCCCUCACAAAUACCACUACAUCUGCGCCAAGGAGAUAGGCUGCAUGUUCCAAGAGGACAACUUUUCACUGAAAUGUCCGAAACACGAGGCUUUGUAAAAUAGACCACCACCCAGCCCCAGUGAGCAUCACCUAUGCAGUACGACAGAGAGACAGAUAGGACAUCCCUCCACCCAAACCUGAUGAUGAUGAGUCAUGAUGAAACGUCAUGAUGGACAGACUCAUUGGCCAAUGGGGACAGCUGGGACUCCUCUGAGGCACCACCGAUGGCAGCAAUACAGACACUAGACAGCAGGUCCCUCAGAGCAACCCCUGUAACCCCCGGCAACAGCACUGCUUUAUCUCAGCCACCCCUGAUAACCAGACAGACAGACAGAGAGACAGAGAGAAAGAGAGACAGACAGACAGACAGACAGACUGCAGUGUCUGUCUGACAGACAGUCUCCUUCACGGACAGACGGACUGCAGUGUUUUGAGAGACUCUUUCACAGCCCUGUCUGUCUGUGUCUGGCGUCUAGACACCUGGCAGGCAUGGUUACUUAGAGACCACCCCUCCAGAGAGAGUGGGGGGAGAGAGGGGGAGAGACAGGGAGCUGUUUUAAAUUCACAGUGCACUGUUCUGCCUCUGGAACGGUCGCUAUCAUUUUUGGACACCUGGUGGAUUGCGAUUGGCCAGACUAGGCCCCCCCUGGCUAUGCUGUCCAAGUUCCAGGUAGCGGUGUGUGUGUGUGACAUCGACUCUGUGUGUGUGCUUGUGCGAGGAAGCGAACGAGCGUGUUCCGAUUUAAGAUGUCAUGCGUCAAAAGAAGCCGCCCCUCCCCUGGAUGUAUCUCAAUGUGCGCUUAAGUGUUAUAAAAAUUGUACAUUGCGUGCUUUAACAGAUUCUAAAUAUGAUUCUGAUAUUGACAGAAAGAAAAAAUAACGGUAUUUUAAUAUAACACUCUUCUUCUUCUUCCGAUAUGUAUUUUGAUGUGCAUAUUACGGCUAUACGACACCAUUGAGUCAGCGUUAGUAUCUGUCCCGCUUUGUGUUCAAUUAAACAUUUUUAUAAAAAUAAAGGUUCCAAUAUUCACACUAGCAUACUACUUAGAAUGCAUGCCUUAUACACUGCUUCAUUCUAAGUGUGUAGCGUGCUAAUUUGGAUAUUGGGGCGAAGUCAACCGGUCGAAGUUCAGCCGUGUGCAUAUACAACAUGAUGUACAGUAGACGCCACAUCAUCACCAUAAAGGUUAAAGGUAAGGGCUUAGGGCCCGGCCGGGAUCAUCUCACGGGUCAUGUAAUCUCACCACAGUUCUUCAUCAAUAUCUCUGUCCAUCAUCUCCAUCACCAAAGGCUGCUGUCUCCAUAAAAAUGACAAGGAUACGACUCCAAUGAAUUCUUAAUCCUAUACGGCUUGAGUUCUCAGCACCAUAGAGCUGAAACAACCGUACAGAGACUGAGGAUGUCCUAAUAUGGACACCGAACGGUAAUCACAGUCCUCCCCAUUAAAUGGGGAAUCAUGACUGUUGUACAAUGUCCAUAUUCUGACAGUUUUCGUUUUCUGACUCCACAUCAAGUGUGUGUCUCUCUCAUUCCUUUCUCUGUAUGUGGCACUCACAGUAGCAAAGCCUCUUCCCAUUACUGCAGCAUUCUCACACACACACACAGACAGCCUCUUAAGGGUGUAGUGUACUGUACUUCAGUACUACUUUAGGGUGUAGUGUACAGUACUUCAGUACUUCAUAUCAGUGGACACAUACAGUAUUAGGGCGUACAGUACAGACAAGAGCAAAACAUCACACCACAUACCUCUUCUUCUUAUGAUUCUUGAUUAUGAUGCUCUCAUUAUUUAAUGGUGUAUAUAAGUAUUUGACGCUGUUUAAAUGUAAGAUGUGAUGUACUAAUAUAAUUGUGUAUAGUAUUUCCUAGAGAUGUUUAUUUUCUAUAAAAUUAAUAUGUUAUUGCUUAUAAAAAUGUUAUUAAAAGAAUCCAUUAAAAAAAUUAGACUUUUGGGAAUGUCACUCGUUCUAAGUUGAGCAUGCUGUUUUUUUGUUUUUUCCAUGUUUUCAUUGUUUGAAUCGAUGACACUACAGCAUCAAUUUGUGUGAAAUGUUUUUGUAACGCCAAUGUCAAAUAUACCAGCACCUUUCAAUGCUGCCCAGACCAAG